AGCAGCUCAUACUGCUCGUGUGUCUGCUGCUGUUCCUUCUUCUUCUUCUUCUUCUUCUCUCUGCGGCGGGACAAUGCUCUGCAAAGGACACCCCUGCUGCUGCUCCUUUGAGAACUAUAAUCUGACCACUGAAUGGCUCCUGAACCAGACCAAUCACCGCCCAAAGGUGGCAGUGAUCUGCGGCUCAGGACUCGGUCUGCUAGCCGACGUUGCCACUGACAAGAAGAUCUUCAGGUACCAGGACAUCCCCAACUUCCCCGUCAGCACAGUCGCAGGUCAUGAAGGAUGUUUGGUGUUUGGGAUGAUCGAGGACACUCCCUGCGUCUUCAUGCAGGGUCACUUCCACCUGUAUGAAGGUUACUCUCUCUGCCAGGUGACGUUCCCCGUGCGGAUCUUUAAACUGAUGGGGGUGGAGACCGUCCUGGUGACCAACGCCUCUGGAGGAAUCUGUCCUGACUUUAAAGUCGGUGACAUCAUGAUCAUGAAAGAUCACAUCAACCUGCCGGGAUUUGCUGGACAACAUCCGCUGUGUGGACCCAACGACGAGCGGUUUGGGAUCAGGUUUCCCUGUAUGUCUGACGCGUACAGUAAGGAUCUGAGGCGUCUGACUCUGGACAUCGUCUCUGAGCUGGGCUGCAGUAAUUACGUCAGAGAAGGAGUUUACUGCAUGGUGAGCGGACCCAACUUCGAAACCAUCGCCGAGGCCAGAAUGCUGCGAAUCCUCGGCUGUGACUCCGUGGGUAUGAGUACAGUUCCUGAGGUGACGGUGGCAAAGCACUGUGGACUCAGAGUUCUCGGUCUGUCUCUGAUCACCAACAAGGUGUCUCUGGACUACAGUCGGGAGGAGAAGGUGAACCAUGAGGAAGUUCUUGAGAUCAGUAAAAUGAGGACGGAGGUUCUGCAGAAACUGGCCACCAUGAUCAUCACUCGCUGCCAGCAGCAGAGCAUCAACACACACUAACAUCAUCAACACAUGCUAACAUCAGCCGUCUCCUCUGUUACUUUCAUAACACUUUGAAUUUGUAACUUCCUGUUGAUGUUGUAUAACUGUGACUUCACAAUAAAAGUUUCUUUUAACGA